AUGAGUGAAUUUGUUUACAUGUUCAAUAUUUUAGAUCGAAAUUGUGAGAAUGGGGAGUGCCCGACACAGACAUCAAGAUGGUUGGUUCCAAUUAUGCUUGGGUUCUACGUUUUGCUCACAAAUAUUCUCAUGUUCAACUUACUCAUCGCCAUGUUUUCAAAAACCUAUGAGGAGAUUGAGAGUGCCUCGACCUACUACUGGAAUUACCAGCGAUAUCAAAUGAUUGCUGAUUAUGUCAGAAGGUCCCCCCUAGUCCCACCUUUGAUAAUAUUCUGGCAUUUCUAUGAGGCCUAUAAGGCGCUGGGCAAUCGGUGUGCGAGUAUUCGCAGCACGGAGCAGAUUGAGAACAAUCCUUUCUGUGUGACGUUCAAGGACGUGAAAAAGGAGAGAGAGAUGGUGAAAUGGGAGCACAUGAAGGCGAUGGAUUACCUGCGAGAGCCUUCCACGAAAUCUGGAGUGAAACGUGGUGGAGUGGAGUCGAGAGCGGUUGUCUUUCGAGGUGUCGGCGCAGGCAGUGGCAUGGGCCCUGGUCCCGCUUUGGACCUCAAAUCCGAAAUGACCGCCGUCACUGAAGUGAAUUAUUUUCCUUUUUAUUCUACUUUAAUCGCUCAACUAGCAGUGUAA